UGUACAAUGUUAACGAUGCAGGGUCGGAUUUCGAACCCAAGUUCAUCAUCACUCGGCUCGUGGGUACCUUGGAGACGGCAACUUCCGCCCCCCCACGAGGGACGGAUGGUGGACCACCCGUAACUCAGCCUCUGAUCCGGGCCAAUGGAGUUGACGAAAAGGCAAUCGCCGGCCGCGACUCUGGGAAACCAAAAAGUUCCACCCGAGAGAGGAGGGUACCGGGCAAGCCGGGUUGCCUCCGGAGGUUGAGAGUGACUCUCUCCACUCAGCCCUCAUGUUCAUUCAUCCAUCGAGGCAAUGAGGGUGGAAUGGUCACAGGUGACCUGGAAUGUGUGCCCCCUCCAUCUUCCCCCCUAGUCCAGCUGGACAGGGGCUUCUGUCGGGUUCAUCAAGCCU